AUGAGAUUAGGGAAGCGCGGAAUGAGAUCAGGGAUGGGCGGAAGGAGAUUAGGGGUGGGCGGAAUAAGGCGCGGGUUGAUGGGGAGGGGGAAUGGAGGGGGAGAGCAGGUGCUGCCCGAGGAGGGGGAAGAGAGACGUCCAGAGGGGCUGAGUGGCGUGGUGGACAAGUGGGGCUGGACCGCCAUGCAUGUGGCUGCUCGGAAUGGUGACUCCCCCGUGGUCAGUCUCACCUGCCUCCCCGCCUGCACCCAUGCAGCACAGCCAUGCACCAGCUCUCACCCAUGCAGCACAGCCAUGCACCAGCUCUCACCCAUGCAGCACAGCCAUGCACCAGCUCUCACCCAUGCAGCACAGCCAUGCACCAGCUCUCACCCAUGCAGCACAGCCAUGCACCAGCUCUCACCCAUGCAGCACAGCCAUGCACCAGCUCUCACCCAUGCAGCACAGCCAUGCACCAGCUCUCACCCAUGCAGCACAGCCAUGCACCAGCUCUCACCCAUGCAGCACAGCCAUGCACCAGCUCUCACCCAUGCAGCACAGCCAUGCACCAGCUCUCACCCAUGCAGCACAGCCAUGCACCAGCUCUCACCCAUGCAGCACAGCCAUGCAGCCCGCUCAACACUCUCUGAACCCACCGUCCAUCACGCGCAUGGACCGCACUCACCCUGCUGCCCGCUUCUCUCCCUCCCCGCCGUUCUCCCAUGCAUGUGCCUGCAGCUGCAGGCGCUGUUGCGCAUGGGCAUGCCAGCGGGGGUGUGCAGCACGCGCAACGCCACCACGCCACUGCACGUGGCGGCGUAUGGCGGCCACGUGGACUGCAUGUGCCUGCUGGCGGCUGUGCGUGCCUGGCGGCUUGACCAAGCAGCAGUGGGAGGCAGUGAGAUGACUUGCACACCAGGGAAUAGAGCCAGCAGAGGUAGAAGCAGCGGGGGCCAACCCCAAGGCGGUUCAGAUAGUGUGGGAGGAGCAUGCGCGGCGGGCAGGCCAAGGAGGGGAGAGGGGGCAUGGGUUUUGGAAGGAUGGUGUGGCAGAACACAAGGAGGACAGGGUGCUGAGCAGUGGGAAGGGGCGGGAGGGGGGGGUUAUAGAGCCGCUCCCAGGGCAGUGGGGAAGGUGAGAGGAGAGCCGUACACCAACUGCACCGCUCUGAACCCAUUUGUGCAGUGGAAUCUGCAGCCGCUGCUACCAGCCACUCCCCCCUCCUUCACCCUCACCUCACCACCCCCACCCGCCUUCACGCCGCCAUACGCCCUCUCGUCCAUCUGCUUGUGGACGUCCCUCUCCGCCAUCGCACCUGGUCGCACACAAGCAACAGCCCUCCUGCCACUGCCGCCACACACAAAGCCUGCUGAUGCAGAUGCUGGCAGUGGAGGCGAGAAGGCAGUGGGGGGCGCAGUUGGUUCAAGUCAGGGCGUGCAGGGGGAGUGGGCAGUGGCGGGGUAUGAGGCGAUGCGUGUGGUGCAGGUGGGGGGUGGGUGGCGCCAGGGCAGCUAUGGCCUGCCCUCCUCCCUCGCUGCCUCUGCUGCACCUGCUGUGUCUGGAAGGCAAGGUGACUUGUCUGGAAACCUUUGUUGCACUUCUUUGUAG